ACUUGAUUAUUUAUUUAUUUCUUCACGUCUACCUACAUUACCAAUACUUUUCAUACACUUUUGCAUUAUCGCCAUCUAAACAAAGGACAAUGUCGCUGACUGGGUUUCUGUUUGGCAACAUCGACGAGGAGGGCAACCUUUCAGACAAUGAGUUUGCCGACGAGCUUCGCGACACUCUGGGCGGCGAUGAUUCCGGCGGCGGCUACCUGUCAAGUUUCCUUGGAGCCAGUUUGUUUUCAGAUGCCCCGGACAAGGCUGGCUCUGCCAACCAUGACAGAGAGGGCUCACCGUCAACUCCAGCUCGCGGAUCACCCACGAUUAAGCCCGCCAAGGACGCGAUUGACUUUUCGGACUUUAACGAGCUGGCCGAUGACGCUGCAGUGCCAAUCAAAUGGGAUCAGCAGCUGCCCACAGUCACGAGCUUUAACUAUAGCACGACAGUAGCGCGGGCGCAGGUCGAUGACAACUAUGACGAUGAGGAGGACGAGGAAGAAGAGCCCAGGCCCGAAGCUAUACAGGAGCCUGGUUUGGCCACACCUGUGGUCGUUCACGAGGUCGCGGAACAGGAGUAUAUGGAGAGUGACGAGGAGGAUCUAGAGGAUCUGUUUGACUCACCCGAGAGGCCAAAAACCACGGCUGCCAUGAUUAGCGAAACUGAAGGCAAGAUAAACAUCACAAAAAUCGACCUUACCGCUGCCAUAUCCAACACAGAGCCGGCCGUUGAGGCUCCCGAAGUUCCAGCAGUAAGCACGGCCGACGCAGCUAUAGUUCCUCAGGCGCCGUGCACGGUCAAGCGCAUUCGCCCGGGAAUACUCAAGUUCACUGACUAUUUCGGUUGCCAGGUCAUUCGCCACGCCAAGAAGCCCCGGCGAGUGCCGCCCGCCGACGCUGACGCCGAGGACGAACUUCAGAUUGAGCCGCGGUUGCCGAUGCUGCAGCAAACCGCACUGGACACACGCAAGCUGCUUGUGGCACCAGGCAACGUGUACACGGAUGAGCAUCCAGAGCGGUUUUUGCGCUCAGUGCUGGCGCGGUCAAUGGCAUCGGACGACAAGUCCGACGUCUACAUUACCAUUGAUGCCAGGACCGGAGCCGUGGCCUCGCAGGUAGUAGAGCCCAAGCGCAAGAAGGAGUCGGCAGCAGAGCUGUUCAAGAAAAUGCCGUACCCGCUAGACAUUGACGACUGGGAGCGCGACGUCAUCUGGCAAGACCCCGACACGGCCGAUGCAGCCGGGCAGACAAGCGAGGCAAUCGCAAAGAGCUUGAUUGCUCAGCCCAAAAACUUGCUGCUGGAGGACUUUGAAUCGCACAUCAUCUGGGACUGCGAUGUUCCGUUCCAGCCAUACUCGCAGCUGCAAAUCAACAUGAACGACACGCAUAUGCUGUUCGAAGACGCCAACAGUAUUAAGGAGUCCAACGCGCGCGAGGCCGAGCGGCAGCGGCUCCUCGAGGGUGUCGAUCGAUUCAACCUGUCGAAUGAUCACUUUUACGCCGCGCUGCAGGGCGGGCAGACACAUCGUGUGCGGCAGACAUUUGGGCAGCUCAUUAUCGCGCACUCGUUGCCGUCGCUGCGCUUACAGCCGCCGUUCUUUAAGAUGCGACAGACGCGUGCCGAUCUACGCGGGUGGCACCGGCCGUGCCUGCAGGCUCCUGUGGGCUCAACGAUUCGGUUCUCGCGUAUGCGGUCAGCCAAGAAGCGCAAGCAAAAGUACUCCAUGGAGAAUCCGUGGCUGGCCAAGGACGUGACGCUGAAGGACACGGCCGAUUGCGUCUUGAUCGAAUACUCAGAGGAGUAUCCCCUGGUGAUGUCGAAUGUGGGAAUGGGCAGCGUGUUUGUCAACUACUACCGCAAGCGGGGCCCCCAGGACCAGGCAUUCCCCAAAGUUGAUCUUGGCGAGCUAUUUAUUUUGGAUGUCGCCGACAUAUCUCCGUUUCUCAACUUUGGCAAUAUUGAGCCCGGGCAGGUGGUCCCAGCGCUGUACAACAACAUGUUUCGGGCGCCGCUGUUUCCGCAAAAGGCGCGACAGACAGACUUUUUGGUCGUCAAGCACGUUGCUAAGGGUGAGAGCACCUGGUAUGUGCGCAACAUUAGGUACCAGUAUGUGGUUGGCCAGACGUAUCCGCUGCAAGAGGUUCCAGCACCCCAUUCGCGCAAAGUAACAACAACAGUCAAGCAUCGUCUGCAAGUGGCCGCGUACCGCAUUAUGAACCGCAACCAGUUCAAUCUGCUGCAGAUGGCCAAGCUCUCGCGGCUGUUUCCCGAGUACAGCGAGUUGCAGAUUCGCCAGCGGCUGAAGGAGUUUUGCGAGUACAUGCGCAAAGGACUGGGCGCCGGCUACUGGCGACCAAAGAGCUCAAUCCCGAUUCCAAACGAGGACAACUUGCGCAAAAUGCUGACGCCCGAAAUGCUGUGCUUGUACGAGAGCAUGCGCGUUUGCCAGCAGCAGCUUCACGACGCCGGUAAGCUCAAUGAGAGUACCGAGGAUGACGGCGACGAUAUGGGCGACUCAAAGCUGUCCAUAGAGGAGUUGCUGGCCACAUGGAAUCUAACACGCAACUUUAUCAACGCCACCCAGGGAAAGGCCAUGCUCAAGCUAUACGGCGAAGGCGAUCCAACGGGGUGCGGCGAAGGGUUUAGCUUUGUGCGGGUGUCGAUGAAGGAUAUUUUUUUGCGUGCCGGUGAGAGCGUCGAGGAGAAGCUGGCCGAGAUCGAGGCGCGGCCAAAGAGUGCCCAUCGGUACAAUGUAGCCGAGCAACAGCAGAUUUACAAGGAGGAGAUCACCUGUAUUUGGAACAAACAGUUCAAGACCCUUAUGAACCCAGCGCCGGAGCCAAAGCCGGUGACUGAUGCGUAUUUGGACGAGAACAUCAUUGUGCCCGAGAUCAACGAUGUCUUUGGCGACUCGGCCACAGGCCAAGGUGUGUCAGCUUGCAAUCCUAAGCGCAUAGUCGCUGAUAGCGCCAUGGAUGUUAGUCAGAAAAUGGCUCGUGGGGUGGCAACCUUGCAACAGCAGCAAAUGACCACUGCACACGCUAACUUUAUUCAGCCGAAUCGCAAGGGCCUAGUGAUUCGGCGGGCGGUCAAGUCACCGUACACGGGCGAGCUCAUGUGGCGCACAGAGGUAGUUCGCGACCAAGCAGUGGUACAGGCAUAUUUGCGGCAGAGGCGAAUUAUUGAAAACAAGGCGCACAGUAAUGGGGAUUUAUUUGACAAUGAGGAUGGCAAUGGCGGCAGUGGCGGGUUGCUGGCGGAUAUAGCAGGCGAGACGCAGGAGCACUUAGCGAGACUGAGGUGGGCAAAGGAGAGAAGAGAGACGGAUGCUCAGGAUCACAGAAAGAGCCACAUGACAACGUUCUCGCUUCCUCAACCAAACAAACCCAAAAAGAAGGUUGUUCGUCGUUGCGGUAACUGUCAGCAGUGGGGCCAUAUGAAGACGAAUAAAAAGUGCCCUCGCUAUUACGAAUUUAAUCCAGUUUAGAUGUUGAUUUUUUUCUUUUAAAAUGUAUUGAUUAUUAAUAUAUAUAUAUAUAUAUAUA